CGAUGGCCAGGUCAAUCCAGCGCUUUAUAGGACUCGGUCGGCUCGCUUCGCUUUUAGACUCGUCCAUCGACCCACUCCAUUCUGAGUCCUCGAGUUACCCCGGUGAGUCGCUCAUCAUAGAAUAUGACAGUGGAAUGGGACAUUUUGCAGGCUAUACUCUGAGCGCGCUGCGAGAGACAGACACUGGGAUGGCCACCCAGCCCAACCUGGCCGGCGCUGCUUGUAGCGCGUUCGGGCAGGAUAUUGCAAACGUGGCCCCGCCUACGAUUCUGCCACUGUUCGACACCCGGAUCUCUUCUCUUCCCCCCAAGCCCAUCCCGCCUAUGAUCUCCACCGCCCUCGACGGCUUCCCGCUAGUGUCAGACGACCAGUAUCUUCGACUCACAUCUGCGCUCCCGCUCGGGACGAACAUCUACGGCCUAGGAGAGGUCGUCGCGAGCAGCGGCUUCCGCAGGGAUGCCAGCACCGACGGCGGCGUCGGGAUGAUCCAAAACAUGUGGGCGCGGGACGUUGCUGAUCCUAUCGACCAGACCGUCCAUGGUUCGCAUACCAUCUACAUCGAGAACCGCUGA